ACCACACUUCCUCGUGUCAAGUCAGAGUGUGACACAUGUCUAGCGGGUGUCAUUUCUUUCAGUUUGACGGAGUGGCUGUUAGCGGUGGUUUGGAAAGAUGGCAGACAAUCAGCUCUACGAUAUUUUAGGAGUAAAUAGAAAUGCAUCUGAAACCGAAAUUAAGAAGAACUACCGCAAAUUAGCUAAAGAGUUCCACCCUGAUAAGAACCCAGAAGCUGGAGAUAAAUUUAAAGAAAUUAGUUACGCUUAUGAAAUUCUAUCGGACACAAAGAAAAGACAGUUAUAUGACAGAGUUGGAAUCAAAGGGCUGCAAGAAGGCCACCAUGACGAUGGAGGUUUUGCGCCCCACGAUCUGUUUUCGCAGCUCUACGGAAACAGCGGUCCAUUUGCCGGAUUCGGAGGCUUUGGGGGACGUCGGCGGCCACAGCGUGGCGAAGACACAGUCCAUCCUUUAAAGGUUUCCUUGAACGACCUGUACAAUGGUAAAACAUGCAAACUACAAUUAAGCAAGAAUGUAAUUUGUGUCACUUGUAAUGGAACUGGCAGCAAAUCUGGGCAGCCUGCUGGAAAAUGUACGUCUUGUAAUGGCUGUGGUAUGAAACUCACUUACCGGGCUAUCGGCCCAGGCAUGGUACAACAGGUCCAAUCUCCUUGUUCUGAUUGCCGAGCCAGUGGAGUAGUAUUCAAAGACAAAGACAAGUGUGGUAAAUGCAAAGGCAAAAAGGUAACGAUUCAAACGAAAGUUUUGGACGUACAUGUGGAUAAAGGUAUGAAGAACAAUCAGAAAAUCCUGUUCAGAGGAGAGGGCGAUCAGCAGCCUGAUGUGCCCGAGCCUGGUGAUGUUGUCAUUGUUUUGCAACAGACGCCUCAUGAGAUUUUUGAAAGGCGUGAAAAUGAUUUGCAUAUGAAGCACACAAUACCAUUGACAGAAGCUCUAUGUGGGUUCUCGUUUUUACUCGAUCAUCUCGAUGCUCGCCAGCUUCACAUUAGGCAAUCAGGGGGCGAUGUUAUUGUACCAAAUGUUACCAAAGUUGUGAAAGGCGAAGGAAUGCCAAUGUACAAAAACCCCUUCGAAAAAGGAAAUCUGUUCAUCACUUUUAGCGUUGCUUUCCCUAAGAAUUACUUUGUGCCUGAGCCAACUUUAAAGGUGUUGGAAGGCUUGUUGCCUCCUAAACCAGCUUUUGUUAUGCCAGAAGGUGAACAUGUAGAAGAAGUGGAUUUAGUUGACUAUGAUCCAAAUGAAAGAACUUCUGGAAAUUCCAACUUCAAAGGCGGCGCCGCGUAUGAAAGCGAUGACGAAGAUCCUCAAGAGACGAAUCUUCAAUGUGUACAUCAAUAGUUCAAAUUGAUGAAUGUUCUAUUUAUGUUUAACUAAUGCGUAAUUUUAAUAGUGCAUUAUAAAAUAAUCCUAUUUUACAUUUGGUUUCAGGAAACUGAGUUUCAUUCAUGAGAAAUAUUCAGUUCAAAUCAUUUAAAAAAUGGUUCUAUGUUUGCAGUUGCUGCUAACUUGGAAUUAUUUUUGUUGGUAUACAUCGGUUAAAACAGUCGACAUAUUUCAUCAAUUUUACUAAACUUUCAUGUUUUUACCUAAACCUUUAUUAUAAUUUUAGGUUUUAUGUACAUUCUCAUUUCCACGAUAUUUAUUUUUAUAUGAAUUUUGAGUCAUUGUAAAGGUGUUCGUAAAAUUUUGGUUCAACAAUAAAUAAAUUCACCAACAA